AUGGCAACACAAAGUGUGUUUGUCCUGGCAAAUGUCCUCUCCAUACGCGACAAAUUCUGCUAUCCUUGUUGUACUCGGUGUCGUAAGAAAGUCCACACUCGAGAGAAUGAAAUGAUAUUCUGUUGUGAGGCAUGCAGGGAGAUGUACAGUGUAGAAAGCAUUCAAUAUCGAUACAGGAUUAGUGUGAUGGCAUCAGACAGAACACAGCUGGUGCAGGUCACAGUUUUUGGAAGCUGUCUGGACAGGUUUUUUGGGACGUCUGCGACAAGCUUCAUGAGGCUGGUGACCAGUUUAUCUGCUGUACCCUCUACCAUCCCAUGGAGUCGUGUUGUGUACCAAGCCAUGGAACAAUGCUUUGUGGGGUCUCUAUUGCACUUUGGCUUCAGGGUCUAUCCACUCUGCCAGACAGGCUCACAAAUAUCUCGCAGCUCUCCAGUUCAACUUAAGAACGUUGUUGGUAGGAUACCAAAAUCAGACAAUACCAGACACCAAGCAGGGGAACUUCCUAGCCUUUUAGCCUGUCAGGUGUUACCCUUGUCAGAGCAGAGUCCUACAGUGAUGCAAAUAUUGAAUGAGUAUUUAGAUGAGUUACAAAGAAUUACCCACACCCCAUACUCAUUAAGUCCAAUAACCUCUCAGCAAUCUCUAUUGCUGGACUCUCAGGCAAGUUGCAAAGUUCCAAGGUGCUCUUCAUCCCACAAAAGAGCGUCAUCUAUUUACUGCUCACCACAUGAGUUUGGCUCCAUGAACACACCUCUGGUUCUCACAGGCCUCUCUCAAUCUCCCUCUGUCAGUGCUCCAACACAUGACCGUGAGCUUGCAACCAACAGCAAGGAGAGAAGGAAAUUACAGCGACCCCUGUUAGGAAAAAUUGGUUCAUCUUUAACUGCAAACAACAACAGCAACGAAAAAAGGCCGCACACUUCUGAUCAGAUACAGCCAUUUACACCAGGAAUUGUGCAAUCAUUAAAACUCAACUCAAACGGUGAUGAAGACUUAACUGAUCUCCAUCUUUCGGUGACAUGGCAGGAAUAUGAUGACUUUCCGUCAUCGGAGGAUCUGAGCGCAUUUUUAGCCGAUUUGGAAAAGGACGCCUUCAAUGGAGACGAUAGACAGCCACUGCAGGCCCUCAACUCCGGGAAACCCGAAAGUCCUCUACAAUCCUUGUAUCCAGGUGCAACGUUUAGAGAAGUUGUAAAUGAGUGUUACUUGCCUGACUCUUCACGCACAAGAGAUUACACAGAAUUCACUGAUUUCCCUUCCUCUGAGGAUUUGGAAGUAUUUUUGGCUGAUAUGGAGCUCGACCACGGAAGUAUGCUGAUACGGAAACCUUUAACACCGAAUAUAACCAUGGUAUCUACCGCGCAAAGAGAUGCUAUAGUAUCGUCUAGGGCGAAUUAUUCGCCCUGGAAUGACAUCACUUACAACUCUGAAGGCUCUGAUUCGCAAUUUUUGCGAGACUGUGAGACUGUUUUCGCCGAGGUGACGGGAGAUAACAAUACUGAGAGCAUCAGAGUUGAAAGCAAAGCUGUUUGUCUUUUGCCUAAAAGUUUAAUCCCGUACGGUGCACGAGAUGAAAACCGAACCAACGCUGAAGAAAUUGGUGAAUAUGACAUCAAUUGCACCACACUCACAAGGUUUCAUUAUAAGAAUAAAGCACACGACUGUAAUGCCGUGGGCGACUCAAGAGCCAACCAAACCAACGACGAAAAGUGUACAUCUAUUGAGCAUUGUAGUUACAGUGAUAUGUCGGUGUUAAAUGAUAGUUGUGACAUUUUUUCCUCCGCAUCUAUGACUCCUAAUUUAUUUACUCAGUCGCUCUGUUCCUCAGAGCGUGUAUCUGGAACCCCAGAUCUUUUCACUAGACCAAGACGGCAAAACGUCAAAUUCCAUUCUCGGUGCGCGCACCACAACAUUGCGCCUCACUCGUUUUCAUCCGAAGGAAGUUUCAAGGAUUGCACUGACUCAUGCAGUAUACACGAGCUGAAUUCCAUGUCUCUGUUCUCAAGUUCUGACAGUUCUUUUAUCUCACCUGCUUCUUCACCUUUGCGUCGCACUGGCCAAGGAGCCUCGUGUCUAAGUUCGGCUCAAGGAACCGAGGCUGCCUCCCUGCCAAACCAUGGGCAAGCUUAUACUGGAAACGAGUUUGACACGGAUUCGGUGGCUACCAGUUUCCAUUCAACACCUUACACCAUUUGUAGUCACUCCAAGUUGUUAAGGAAAUCAUUGACCCCACUUCAAAUGUCUCCGUUUCCAUCCUACUCAGGAUCAAAAUCCUGUCGUGAUAACAGUUGCCAAGGAACACCAGUUCUCUUCUCGCAGAUCUCCAACGACAGUUUGUGAAAUUUACAAAUUACUCACGACUCUCCACGAUUUCAAGAGUAAAUAUGUUAGUAACACAUUUUGAUCUAGUAUGGCAAACAAAGCCAAAAUACCAAAUCAGAACCUAGAGAAAUUUUCAAUUGAGUGUCGAGAGAAUUCUAGGAAUGCAUUGGUUUUGCUUUACUUU